AUGCUUCUGUUAGCGGCGACCUUCUUACUUGUGUCCCCGGCGUUGAAGUCCGACUGGGCCGUCUACGUGUUGCCCUAUGCAGCGUUCCAGCUCCUGCUCCUCACGAUUCUCUUGAUUAAGGGUGUUUGUACAGAGACCCCAAAGGGCAGAGAGAGAUCUGCGGAGUUUCGGAUUUGGGCCCAGCUGCCAGUGGGCCCAGUAGGGGACAGGGACGGGGAGUUGGUCACCUCGCAAACAACGCCCCGGCCCGGGCCCGAGUUCUUGGUCCAUCGCAUUGCCCGGAGGGCGAAGGAUGGCCAUGGGGCGGUCAUCGAGCGCAUCGGCGUGUCGGCCAAGAUGGAAUGUGCGUGUCCGUUUGGGCCCAGGCUAGGUCCCUGCUGUAUUUGCAUGGAAGAGCCAGAAGUGGCCUCGGCCUUGUUACCUUGCGGGCACACUUUCUGCGAGCCCUGCAUCGCUCAGUGGUCGAUGUCGGGUUCCGACUACAGCAGCAAAUGCCCCGUAUGCCGCGCGGACUUUGCAGCAAGCACCCUUGAUGGCGCGGACUCAUAA